GGAGAAUUCAAUUUACCCGUCGCGUCGUCGCGCCACACCUCGUCUCCACCUGACGCGACACAACAAAAGUACAAUAUUCAACAAAGCCGCUUACUUUAAAAUCAGUUUCGAUUAUUCUAAAAGGAGCAUUGUAGUUUAGUCGCGUCGCGUCUGCCUAACCGUCUCUCUUCUAGUGUUUGUUCUAGUCAGUCAGUCACUCCUCCUCCACACAAACAACCCACAAAGAUUAAACCCGCCUGUGUGUAACGCGUGGAUUGUGUAGACGACCGCUGGACUGACCGGCGGUGCCGUUUCGCAGCACAGGCUUUACAUAUGAGAAGCUUUAUAGAUAGAAACGCUUAUUAUCAUUUCUGCAACGCUUAUUAUAAGCAUGCGUGUUGUUGAAGGAAUAAGAAGUGACGGCGCGCGAUAUAGUCACUGAAUGUCAGCAUGGCUAAACGAAGCACACUAUUCAUCAGGAUUGUGGAAGGAAAGAACCUGCCAAUCAAGGACAUAACUGGAAGCAGUGAUCCAUACUGCAUCGUGAAAAUUGAUAAUGAGGCGAUAAUUCGGACAGCAACAAUAUGGAAGACACUGUCUCCGUUUUGGGGCGAAGAAUACACUGUCCAUCUUUCUCCCUACUUUCGGACAGUGUCUUUUUAUGUGCUGGAUGAGGACUCACUCAGCCGAGAUGAUGUCAUUGGGAAGGUGUCAAUCAGUAGGGAGGUUCUCACUGCUAAACCUCAAGGUGUUGAUGGAUGGAUGAAUUUAACAGAGAUUGACCCUGAUGAGGAGGUGCAAGGGGAGAUUCACCUCCAGAUCUCUGUGCUGGGAGAUGGAGAUAUCCCGCGGAAACUGUGCUGCCAAGUCCUAGAGGCAAGAGAUCUUGCAAAAAAGGAUCGCAACGGGGCCUCUGAUCCUUUUGUUAGAGUGAGGUACAAUGGCAAAACCCAUGAGAGUGCGGUGGUUAAGAAGUCCUGUUACCCACGCUGGAACGAGAGUUUUGAGUUUGAGCUGGACGAGGCGCUGGCUGACAGCCUUUUGAGUGUGGAGGUGUGGGACUGGGAUCUGGUCAGCAGAAACGACUUCCUUGGAAAGGUCCUGUUCAACAUCAACAAGCUUCAGUCUGCCCAGCAAGAGGAGGGCUGGUUUCGCCUAGGGCCUGACAAAUCUAAACACAGUGAAUAUGAAGGAACUCUGGGUUCUCUGCGGCUUCAGCUACGGCUUCGAGACGAGGUUGUGUUGCCAUCCAGCCAUUACAAGCCACUCACAGAGCUACUCAGCCAGUCGGUCGGCUCUCAGCUCAACGGAAACUGGCCUGAUUUCAUCAUGCUGAUUGACGAGACCACUACAGCUGAGAGCAGACAGGAAGUGGCUAAUAAUCUGGUGAAGCUGUUUUUGGGUCAAGGGCUUGUCAAGGAGUUCUUGGAUGUUCUGUUCAAACUGGAGCUGGAUAAGACUACUGAACCCAACACACUCUUCCGCAGUAACUCAUUAGCAUCCAAGUCUAUGGAAUCAUUUUUGAAGGUGGCUGGGAUGCAGUAUCUGCACAGGCUUCUGGGCCCCAUAAUAAACCGAAUAUUUGAAGAAAAGAAAUAUGUGGAACUGGACCCCAGUAAAGUAGAACUGAAAGAGGCAGGGUGUGCAGGUUUGCACCGUCAGCAGACUGAGUCUGAUAUUAUUCAGCAGAGCUCCAGCCUCCUGCAGUCGUACCUGUCCGAGCUGCUCACCUCCAUCCUGCAGUCGGCCUCCUACUGCCCGCUGCUCAUCUGCCAGGCUUUCCAUCAACUCUACCUCAGAGUGCAGAGACGCUUCCCUGACCCAGAGUACCGGAAGGUGAAGUUCAUUGCUGUGACCAGCUUCCUGUGUCUGCGGUUCAUCUCACCUGCCAUCAUGUCUCCAAAAUUAUUCCACCUGCGUGAGAAACAUGCUGAUGCCCGUACGAGCCGUACACUCCUGCUACUUGCCAAAGCUGUGCAGACUAUUGGGAAUAUGGACACUCUCGCAUAUUGCUCUAAAGAGCCAUGGAUGGUCUGUUUGCAGCCAGCCAUACAGCAAGGCAUCACCCAGCUCAAAGACUUCAUCACAAAACUGGUCAACUGCCACGAGUCAGAGGAUCUUGAGCUUCAGACACGAAUGAGCUUACAGUGUGGCACUAUGGAGAAAGAAGGCUUCCUCUUACUCCACAGGACCAAGGACAAGUGUAUGCCCAUGACAUCACCCUUUAAGAAGUACUAUGUCACGCUCAGUAAAGACACUCUGUCCUACUCGCGGACGCAACACUCUAAGAAGAGCUCAUCUAUUUCGCUGCCAAAGAUCCGGGCGGUAGAGAAGGUGGAGGAGAAGUGCUUCGGUAAUGCCAACGUCAUGCAGAUUAUCUCAAGCGAAGACUCGGGCCAGCAGGAAACCCUGUACCUCGACUGCAAAAGUGUAAAUGAGUUGAAUCACUGGCUGUCAGCUUUGAGGAAAGCCUGCAGUCACAACACAAACACUAUGAGCUGCUAUCAUCCUGGCAUCUAUAAAGCAGACAGAUGGAGCUGCUGCCAUCAGAAGGAGAAAUCAGACCAAGGCUGUGAUAAAACCAGACAUGGAGUAACUCUGCAGGAGUGGUAUGAUCCUCUGGACCCAGACUUGGAGGCUCAGCUCAUCUAUCAACAUCUCAGUAGUGUCCAGGAUGCCAUGCGAGAUAAGUAUUUUAAGUUGAGAGAGCAGCAGGGAGUUCAGGAAGCAGAUUCAGUAAGAGACCAGAAGAAAGCAGAUGGACUAUCAAAUCUCUUCAGUAUUCUCCAAGACCUACAUGAUGCACAUGCGGCGGUGGAGGAAGAGGAAAGACUGAAGAAUAAAAACUUUUUCUUGGAAUUACAAACGUAAACAAAAGGACUUUUUGCUUUGCAUUCAUAAUUCACAGUGUCAUUCAGUCACUGAGCACAUCAACGCAGGAUUCAGAACAAGAAAUCUAAAAAAGAGCUGUAAGUUGGAUUAGUUCACGUGUUCUUGAACGUUUGAACCGAUUUUUGGUGCGUAAAUGGAUAUUUAGAGGGCUGUGAUCACAAUCCCUUUAUUAAGGAUAGUCGUGGUGUGUAUUUGGUAUUAAGGUAAGCUGAAUUUCAGCAUUGUUUUAACUUACUGCAAUGAUUCCAGUAGGUUGGCAACUUAACAACAGUGUCUUGUUGGCAUUUCUGCAGGUUUUAACAUGCAUUCAGACAUAGUAUAUUGGUUUUAACUUUGAUUUGAAUUUAAUCGUAUGCAUGUCAGCUCUUCCUUUGUACAAUUUUUUACAUUUAAAUCAGUUUUCUUAAUGUUUUUAGAUUUUAAAGAUGAUUUGAUUUUGAUAUUUUUUUUAAAAUAUAUAUAGAUCUUGGAUCUAAAUGCCAUACAACACUGCCAUUCCUGCUGUCUCAAUACCUUGUUCGUAUCAUGUGUCAUGUUUUGGAUGUAUUGAUGUUCUGUCUUUUUAUGAUAUGUACCCUAAACAAGUAUGCAUUGUGCAUUCCACAAAAACAGUGUAACACAAAAAUGUGGAAAAUGUUCACAGUGUUUUUUUUAUUAUGAAAAAAUAUCGAUAGUAGUGGUAAUUCCCCACUAGGUGGCAAUACAGUGUUACUCAUUCGAAUGCUGAAUUCGGACACAGUAUAGCAGUGCUUGUAAAUACAAGACUGUUGAAACUAGUUGUAGAAGAUUAUCAUGAACUUUUCUAUUGGAUGGUGUUUUAAAAAAAUCUUCUCCAGUCGUAUUUAAUUAUGUGCACUACACAAAUCUAGGCUCGCCAACACAAUGCAUAAUGUAAGUUCAAACUUUAAUUGUUUGAUUUAACUAUCAAGGAUGUAGUAAAUAAAUUCACAAUUCUCUGUUUUCAUGCACCGUCACCUUCAUAUUGCUUGAAACCUGUAUGAUCUCUUGUCUUUUUUGCCAGUUGCAUUAAGAAAUAUAACUGUGUUAAUAAAUAAUCUUGCACAUUCUGCAAAAUACCUCUUUUGUGUUCCAUGGAAGUAAGUGUUUAUGGCUUUGGAUAGUCCUUGUUUAGGAAAUACAACUGGAAUUGUUUUUAUACGGUAUAUGAAAAAUGAUUUAAUAUAAUCACUGAGCAUGCAAUCAAGUCCAGGGACAGUAUACUGUCAAUUAUGAAUUGAGUAUAUUUGGAUCACAUUAUUAUUAUUAUUUGUAUUUAUUAAUUCAAUUGUGCGUUCAUAUUAUUCAUUUCUUAUUAGUUUGAGACUUGCAUUUACAGCUUGAGUCAGUUAAAGUGGUGCCUUAUGUUUACAAGAAAGAAUGUGCUUCCUGUUUCCCUUCAGUAGUCGUUUGAAACAUGACCAGCGCUCUGUUAUUUUCUCUUUCUUUCUCCACCUCUCUCAGUCUGUUUUCCUCUCCCUGUGUUUUCUUUUGAUGGAAACACAUUAUUGUGUUCCACUCCCUUCUGUACUAUUAAAGACAGGCACUAUUAUUUCACAUGCUAAAGAGGAGAGUCUGGUUGGAGGAAUUUAUUUAGGUAGUAGCUCUGUGUUGAUGCUUAUUUUGAAAUAGGAAUAGCAUGCAAGAAUUUUUGAUUAUGAGGAAUUUAAUAACUGACCAGCUAAAAUGGAGUUGGUUAUACAGUAAUAUUGCUGGAUCUUCAUCUUGUUCUACUUUUCUGACCUUUUCCUCAACUAUAUUUUAAAGCCAUUUAAGCCUGUUUUAUUUUCCUCGUGAUCAAGAACAUGUUUGUGGAAAUGUUCAUGCAGCAAUCAAUAAAAACGGCAUGACAAUUAAAA